AUGCUCCAGAAUGGCAAAGAUGCCUCUGUAAAUCUGGAUCUGCCUAUGAGCGCUUCCAUACCCCUCCCUCAACGGGCUAGGAGAGUCAUAAGAGCAGGUGAUAAGCUCUACCCUGAGGACUGGGCAGCUUUCGACGUAAGUGGGGAGGAUGUAGUAGUUGCUGGUCGCCAAACAGCAAUGGAGUGGUGGACAACGAGCGAGCGAAUGAAUUUGCGAAAGGCGAGGAAUGACAGAAUGGCAAUUUUGGCAAAGACAGACCGACUUUGA